AUGGAUUCCGAAUAUCCGCCUCUUCCAUCUUCCAAAGUUAUCGAGGCUUCAACCCAAGAUAUAUCGCUUUCUGAUGGCGAAGGCGUAACGCAAGUAUCUUCUGGAUCAGAGACGCCCAAUCUCGUGGCCAGUGCACAUGUGCACGACGCAUCUUACCACAAUACGCAAGUUAUUGUCAGCAGCGGCGAUCUGAUCCUGGAGUAUGCGUCCUCGAGCCGUGCCCAUACGGGCACAAGGACCCGUUGGAGAGUUUCCAGUGAGGGCUUGAUGCAGAGUAGUCCCUACUUUCGUGCUCUCCUUGAUCCCAACAAGUUUUCCGAGGGCAGGGACUUCAUGAAACAGAGGGAACUACGUAACCUCGAUGUAGGAUCUACCGCGAACGGAGAUGCUGGACUCUCAGAGAAUCAUACGUCUGAACAGAAUGCUGUCCCAACUAUGCGGCUGCCGGAUAAUCAUUUGUCACCACGUCUAGGGCCAGACACUGUUGCACUCUUUCUCCAAGCGCUGUCUUACACUUCGUUCAACGAUGAAGAGAAGAAGAGCUUUGCUGCAGAAGCCAGAUCCCAAAAGCCGUCGUUUAUUGCGGACCUGAUAGAGCUAGCCGAUGCCUUCAACUCUCCUGACGCUGUUCGGGACAGCCUCAAACGGGCUGGCUAUACUCUAGGAAAGCCAAAGCUACCAAUGACCAGGUUCACAUCGGCGAUGUUGAAGCUAAGCGAGAGUCGAAUCCGGCAAUCGAUAUUUAUAGCCAGAUUCCUCAACGAGCGGACCACCUUUCAGAUGCUAACCCAUGCCCUGGUUGUUGCGGGGUCCAGAAACUGGGUGAAUGGACUCGAAGGCACGGAGCCUGGUACUCCCAGCUGGCACUAUUUCUCAGACGGCCUAGAAGACGAACUCUACUACCGCCGCCAAAGCGUCCUAAACACCAUCACCGAUCUCCAAGCCCACUUCCUCCGAAUCUACGGCGCACUUGAGGAACCCACGCUCCCCAAAGCCGGCAUAUUUCCCAGCCCGUCAUCAGUACCCCGACAGUACCAAUGCCGCUGCGGCCUGGGGAACUCGAGCGCCUGCGACACCUUCCACCUCGGCCAAAUGACGCGCUUCUUCUCCCUCCGCACAAAGACAAUCUUCAUCGGCUCCACCCUUUUAGACCCAGAUUUCAACCCAGACAUCGAAGCCACCGACGCCGAAUCGGGGUCAGAAGCAGGCACGCGCCCUACCGAUAUCGCAUCCAUCAUCUCGCAGCUCAAACAGUGCCCGGACUACCAGAUCGACUCCAACCAUGUAGCCUGUGGUAUCCGGCGCCGCUUUCUUCCUUCUCUGGAUUGCAUUGAGGGCUUCGUCGGCGACGAGAGGGGCCUCCUAGGUGUGAACUUGAGCUACUGGCGCGAGCAAGGAAGCGGAUGUAGAGGCGGAGGCGGAGGCAACUGGCCUCAUAUUAACGGAUCAUGGGCAAAUCGUGCCCAUCGUAGAGCGCUAGUCAUUGAUCUUCGCUUGGCCAGGGUUACGGGAAUACCUCUGAUGUCGCCGGGGGGUCUUGGAGCAGAGUACCGCGAGGAGGAUGCGCGGUUGCUGUUUACAGCUAAGAAGAGGAAUUGGGAGGCUUGA